AGGUUUAGGAGGCCCAGGAAGAGUCAUGCCUGCUUGUGACCAGAAACAAAUAAGACUGGAAAGUUCUCAAUACUGAAUUGGAACCAGAUUAGCUGGAGCCAGAUCUGUGACACCAACAGGUCUGGAACCGAUACCACUGCCUGUACAACAGCGUAACUGAGUGGUAGUAAGAUGGACAUCUUGCUAGUGGACGAGGACUACGAGCCAAUAGUAUCACUUAUAGACCACGUGCCAGCAGGUCACGAGUACUUACAGUCACCCAACUCUUGUCAGUCUGACCCACUGGAGGAGGAGAAGGAGGUGAGGGUGAGCAGUGUUUGUUUGGAACUCAACGACGAGACUCAGAUUGGUAAACACGGACACUUGGAGGAUGAGGACAAGUUCAGCCAAGUUCAUAAAAAGAGAAAGACGUUUGGUAGGAAGUUAGUGGGUUAUGCUCAAAGUUUCCGGAGCAGCAUAUCGUUAGGAGGAUCACAUCUAAAGGGAGCUGGGUCCAGGUUUCACAAACUCGCUCUAGGAUCACAUCUCGCUAAGGAGACUGAAGAUAUUGAGAAGGAUAUGAGACAAUUAUUCAACACGAAGAGAAAGUUGGAGUUAGGCUACAUAAUGUUCUGUUCUCUAACCAUAAUCAUAGGGUUGGUAGCGAUGACACUGUACGAUCACAUAAAGUUCGCAAUGUUCGGGAUAUGGGUGGCCUGUUUUAUUUCAGAUGUCGUUAUUGUCGCUCUGAGUCUUCUAUACGGCAACAUUCAGCUCAAUCGAAUAGAGGAGAAGUAUCCCAAUAGAAACGUGAAGGAAGAAUGGGCGUACAUGCUAAAACAUGAACUAGUACAAUAACAGUGGAUCCUAGAGCUGUGACAGAACAAUCUACAAUUAGUAAAACAGAGAGAAGUGAUAGGGUUGAUCACUACUAGAGGAGCCCUGUUUGGCAGAUUGAAAUCAAACAGCAGGUCUGGAUGAGCAGUAAUAUUAGAUAAGGCGGGAAUAGGACGUGUUUUAUACAAAUUCUAGACAAAUCAGAGUUAACUUGAUUCUUAUUAUUUUAAUCGUUUUCUAAUGGAGGAGCUUGGUAUUGAUAAUGUUAUUAAGGAAUAUUAUUUGCUCUUUCUCUUAAAUUACGAUAUAUUA